GAAUUAGAUAUAUUACCACAGUGAAAAUUGCCCCAAACGCUCCAUUUGUACCGUUCAUUAAUUUGUUCAUUAAGAGUUACUAAGAACUUAAAAAUGUCUCAUUUUCGAAUAUAAAAAUUUCCUUUUUAAAAACCAACUAAAGUGAUUUAAAAAUGUUCGAGAAACCUAUCCGAAAAAAUCAUUCCAAAUUUUGGAUUGUUAUGGUGUUGUUGACAUUGUCAGUGGAGUAUGUGAAACCAAACGACUAUUUUGACCUGAUAAUAUUACAUACGAAUGACAUGCAUGGACGAUUCUUGCCGAUCGAUUCCUCAUUAGAAUCGUAUCGCGGAUCCGAUAUGAAUUCAAACAAGGGUUUUGGAGGCUUCGCCCGAAUAUCGCGUGUCCUAAAGGAUUAUCGGCAAGCGGCAAAAAAUGGAACCGGACCGCCAGUUCUGUAUCUUGACGCAGGCGAUAUAUUCACUGGGUCUCGAUGGUUUAGUUUGUUCAAGUCGAAUAUUACGGCUGAUUUUAUGAACAUUUUAUAUCCAGAUGCAAUGUGUUUGGGUAAUCACGAAUUCGACCAUGGAAUUGAAACGUUGCAGCAAUUUUUGAAUCGAGUCAAAUUUCCUGUAUUAUUUUCGAAUUUUGAGAAUGGCGCUAAUCAUUCUUUACGACGAACUAAAUGGCUUAUGCCAUCCUGUACUAUCCGAGUGAAAGGUGUUCGAAUCGGUAUCAUUGGUUACCUUACACCGGAAACGAGGGAAAAAGCACCGGAUUGCGAUGUGAAAUUCACAUCGGAAAUAAUGACGAUCAACGAUGAAGCAAGAGAAUUACAUAGGAAUGGUGCGAACAUUAUAAUUGCGUUGGGUCAUUCGGGUUUUAAAAUGGAUUUGGAAAUUGCUGCGAAUUGUCCACGCGUUGAUAUUGUAAUCGGAGGGCACAGUCAUAAAUUUCUUUACACAGGACGCCAGCCAGACACAGACUCAGCUGACGGAGCGACUUAUCCCACUAUUGUCACGCAAGCGAAUGGAAAAGAGGUUCCUGUCGUUACGGCGUUUUGGGCAACAAAGUAUUUAGGCAAAUUAGAAUUGAGGUUCAAAAACGGGCGGCUUUAUAAAUGGGGUGGUAACCCGAUUCUGCUCCAUCCACAAAUUCCCCAAGACCGUCAAGUAAUGGCUCUCGAAAAAGAGUAUCGAAAGAGAGAAAGGGAAGUGUCAGGUCCGCCUAUUGGACAAUCAAAAUUGGAUUUUAACGAUCUAAAAUGCCGGAUAUUAGAAUGUGGUCUUGGUAACAUAAUGACAGAUUCAUUUGUUAAAGAAUCUUUGAGCGCCUUAGACGAUAUUUCAUUUAUUUCGACCAUUGCAUUAUUUACCAGCGGAUCCAUUCGCAGUGGAUUAAGAGCUGGAAACAUAACACGAACCGAUUUGGAAGAAGUAUUGCCUUUUAAUAAUGAUCUUGUGAUUGUUAAAUGUCCAGGUGAUAUAUUACUUCAAGCGCUUGAAUAUUCGGUACGAAAAUAUCGUGAACAACGAUUCAUCGGGACAUUUUUACAAAUAUCUGGCAUGCGAGUGGUUUUUGAUAUGGCACGCAGUCCUGGCAAUCGAGUUAAAACGGUCGAAAUUCGCACCACACGAACGGCGUACGAAAAACUCGAUUUUAGACGACAAUAUAAUGUCAUAAUCACGUCAUUCAUGCAUAGACAAAGUGUUGGAUUUGCUAUGUUUGGUAUAUGCAAAGCUAAAUACUUACCAGUCAUGACAUUGGAUGCAUUCCAAAAAUACGUAAAAGCUGAAAAGAUAAUUAAACCAGCAUCUAGGCAAGAAAGACGCAUUACGAUUCUUAAUGAACCACCACUACUGCCCAGCUCACCACCAUUUCAUUCAUAUAAUUAAGAUUUGAUAUUUAUCUGAAUUAAAAAGUUUUAUUCAUUUUUUGGAAGAUU